UUUUUUAGUUUGUUUUUUUACUUUGAUUUUCCUGUUUAGUCGAGUGAAAAAUUUAGCAACUGCGGUUAAAGUUACAAAUUUCAACUAGGUAUCUUGUUAAUAUUCUAAACAAUUUGUGCUUUUCACUACAAAUAAACGCAAAUUAAGGUAAAUGUACAUUUAUCUGUACGUUUUCAAAACUUUAAGGCGUGGCAGAGCAAGUAACAGGAAAUUGCUCCAAUCGGCAGUGCAACGUGAUCCCUUUGUUUUCUGUCUUGACAUUUGCGGAAUUUCGGAAGACAAAGCAAGUUUUCUGAUUACAUGGAACUUGAUAGAGACGCGGCAAUAAUUUUUGUAUUAUUUUGCAAUAAACCCUGCAAACCGCGUUUAAACUACUGGAAACUGUGCUAAAUAACGUGGACGUGUAUUGGUUGUGCAUAUUAAACAAGUGAAAAUGUUCAAUAAGAAUUUAUCGGCUAAUUCGGCCAUAAUGGAGGCAUUGGAGUCAUUGCCUGGAAUCGGGAACGACACCUCCAAUACGAAUGUACCGAUUAGCAAUGAUUUCAAAUCGAUUGAUUGCUGCAUUCCUGUCGCCAAAUAUGAGCUACCCGACUACUCCACAGAUCAUUCGUUUCUACUGAUGGACGCCGAGGAGAAUUUACGUAUACCCACACCAGAGCUAUUUCGCAAGAAACUUAAAUGCACAGAUGACACAAAGAUCAAAGUAAUUUCCAUAUUCGGCAAUACAGGCGAUGGCAAAUCGCAUACAAUGAAUAAUACUUUCUUCGACGGCGCCGAGGUGUUCAUGACAUCGGCAGAGCAGAAUUCUUGCACGAUAGGUGUCUAUGCGGCACUGCAACGCGACAUGGAUGUGCUGUGUCUGGACACCGAGGGACUGUUGGGCUCAUCCAAACACCAUAAUCGACGCAUACGCAUGCUGUUGAAGAUUCUGGCCGUUUCCGACAUUGUUAUAUAUCGCACACGUUCUGAACGUUUACACAGCGAUAUGUUUGAGUUUUUGGGAUCUGCUUCGGAGGCGUUUUGCUUGCAUUUCGCACAAGCACUGCAGUCGUUGCCAGUGCCAGGCACAGCGCAAACGCUAGGUCCCGCUGUCAUUAUCUUCCAUGAGACACAGCACACAAACCCGCUUGAUGGUUCUGUUGCCGAAAGCGCCGAAGAUCAACUGCGCAAAUGUUUCGAACGUCACAAUCAGAAAAUCAACGCUUUCAGUUCAGUGCGCUAUAUAGGCAUACAAACGCCAAAGCAUGUGGCCACCGAUUAUAGUAAACUUAAGUCUGCUAUAAAAUUGGAAAUCGCUAAUACCACCGUACGUUCACCACGUCAACCCAGUGUUGUGUUCAAAGCAAUGAAUGCGCUCAAUACCAAAUUCUCCGGUGAAAUAGUGGAGAAAUCAAUAAAUCCUUUUCCCGAACAAUUUUUCACAUGUCCGGUGCGUUGUGAAGCGUGCAACCAGCGCUGUCAGCGUUCGAUGGGUCAUUUGAGCGAUGGUGAGGCGCAUAUGAAUCAACAGCCUUGCAACUAUCAGAAUCAGUAUGACAAUAAGAAGUACCUGUGCAAAAUAUGCUACAAAAAUGGCAAGGAGAACGUCGUCACAUUUAGCACACAAACAAAGAACGACAGCUCAUGGUCAGGAUUGGCUAAGUAUGCAUGGAAAGGUGGCGUCAUCGAUUGUCCAAGCUGUGGCGAAAUAUACAGAUCACGUCAAUAUUGGUUUGGUAAUAAGUCACCGGAGGAGACAUCUGUUAGAUCAAUAAUUGUACACGUUUGGGAGCCAAAGGGUCCAUCACACUCCGCACAAAUGGUACUCGAUAGGGUAUCAACACUCGGCGAAGCACUACCCAAACUCCAUCCCAAUGCAGUGACCGGUUGGCUAGCUGACUGGGUGGCGCCCGGCUAUUGGAAGCCAAAUAGUGAAAUUAUUAGCUGCCAUGCAUGCCAGAAGGUAUUCGAAAAUACUGGUUUACACAAGCAUCACUGCCGCAGCUGUGGCGAAGGUUUUUGCCAUGCAUGUAGCCAAAAACAAAUGCCAGUACCAGCGCGCGGCUGGUCAGAGCCAGUGCGAGUGUGUAAUUCAUGUUAUACGCUAUUGCAGAAUAAACCGAAUGCGGUGCCGGGCCCACCAACGACUGAACAAGCUGACAUAAGUGUGCGAAAAAUAGGUGAGGUAAUCAUCAAUCCAUUGGGCAGCAUAACAAAGGGAGCUUAUGAGUUUACCAAAGGCAUCAUUAAGGAUACCGCCCGCCCCUCAUACUGGGUGCCGGAUGCCAAAGCGCCAACUUGUUACAUCUGUGAGACACUCUUUGGCACUGCUGAAGAGUUGGCUAUAGCAAAAGCUAAUAGUGUCAUUGCCAGUAGCAGUGGCAACAGCACCACUACUACCAGUCCUGCACCAAAAACAACAAAAGAAAAUAUUGUCAAUGGCAAUAUCGCCGCGGGUAGUAGCGCUGGUAAUAUAACGAAUGGCGGUUUUAAUAUUCCCUCACCCAUUGGCGACUGUCUACGCCAUCAUUGUCGACGCUGCGGUCAAGCAGUGUGUGAGCACUGUUCGCAACAACGCCAGCCGGUGCCCGAGCAUGGCUGGGAUGUGCCAGUGCGUGUCUGUGAUAAGUGUGCCGAUCUAAAGCAGUGCGAUCCGACCAUUGGUCAGGCAGCCAGCGGCAGCAGUAAUAAUGUUGCAAAAUAAUUAAUGCGUAUGCAGCAAGAUUUAAUGCGUCCCCGACUUGAGGCGGUUGCAUUUAAGAUGUAUGCGUGAAAAAGAGGAGCACGAUUUUUUCUAUGCGCUGUGUGUUUUGCAUUUUAUUUUUAUUUUUGGCCAUUUGGUACAUUGGACUGCAUUAGAAAGUGGAAAAAGAAUAACUAAAAAAUAAUAAUCCCAUAUAAAAACAUAUUUUCCCAUUUCUACAUUUUUCAAUUGAUAUUCACCUAUACAUUUUAUUUUAGGACUACGCAUGUGAACUACAAAUGUUUAUAUAUGAAGCGUAUAAAAAAUUUGACUUAGUGCAAGUUUAAAAAGUUAUCAGUGAAGUUAUCAUAGCCUCUGGCAAGUUUUUUUUUUCAAAGCCUCCAUUUCUUCAAAGGUCUCUUCAUUAAUAAAAUUUACAAAAUUUUCAAUAAACGUUCUACCAUAUGGAUUAAUCGCUUUAAGAACGCUGGUUUGGCUGCUCCACCAAAUAACUCAUAGCAAUAUAUUUUCGGUUUACUUGGGACAGUAAAGUUACUAUGUUCCCUUACAACUGUUUUUCUUCAAGGGCACUUGCAUUUUAAUUAUUUUUCUUUUUCGACGACUUCAAAAAACGGAGAAGGUUAUCAAUUCGUCGGAAUACUUUUUUUUUA